AUGUCGAAGAGAAUAAUGUGUGAAGUAUUCUGUACUGCUGAGGACUUAGGAAUGGACAUCUUUUAUAGCGAUACGGACAGUAUGCAUCUCUACAAUGAAGAUAUCCCUCGUUUAGCUGAAGAGUUUGAGAAACGUUAUGGAAGAGUUCUCAUUGGUAAAAACCUUGGUCAAUUUCAUAGCGACUUUGCAGAAAUCACACCUGGAAAACAAAGUUUAGCAUACAAGUCAAUAUUUUGUGGAAAGAAGACUUACAUAGACUUACUCACGAAUGAUUUAAAUGAAGUUGCAUUUCACUGCAGAAUGAAAGGCGUGAAGCAAGAUGUUAUUGCUUUAACCGCUAAUGAAAUAUUUCCUGACUCUGUUCAGUGUUUCUAUGAUGAAGAUAAAGGUUUAAUGGUUCCGCAAGGAACAUAUGACAAAGACUCUGAGUUCAGUUUAAUGAAACUUUACAAAGCACUUCAUGAUGGUCAAGAGAUUGGAUUUGACUUAUGUAAGUCUUCUAGUCCUUGCUUUGCUGAAAAGUUUAACUUCUCAAUAACGACUAAAAUAAGCUUUAUUCGUAAGUUGAAGUUCUGA